GUCACAUUGAAAACAGUUGAAAUCAAAACUUCAUUGUGUAUAGUUCUUAUUGUAUGACUAUUUUUGUUUAUAUUCCAAGGAACUGCACGUAAUUCUUUAUAAAAGUUAUAUUGAAUUGAGUUAUAGAUUAGCUACGAUAAUUAUUCACAGCAUUUUUAGUUUUGUUUGAGGAAUGGAGGUAGACAGUGUGGAUCCUGUAAGCAAUCCCUCAGACGGGGGAAAGUUCGUAAAUUUAAAACUAUUUGUCACAGCCGCUCGAGAAUUUGAAAACACACAUAGUGAAAAUGCAGUGAAUUUAAUGAAUCGUUAUUUAGGUUUGAUAGCAUCGUCUUGUGAUCUGUCCAUUUUCUCCCCCGGACGGUCUGAAGUGUGUGCAUUCUUUAGUUCGCUAUGGAGAGUGAUGUGUGAUGGCAGAGGACCUCAUUGGGCUGGGGUGGCGGUACUGUCUCGUGCUUCGAUAGAGCCUAGUGCGCGGCAUGCGCUCACGCAUACAUACAAAUUUAUGCCAAUCUUAUCAAGACUUCUAUCAGACUCCAUAUCAAAUGACAAAAAAAUAAAACUUCUAUCAGUAAUGCAGGAUAUUUCAUAUGGUAUUAAAAUAAGCUGGCAGGAGUCUUAUUUGGCAAGUCUCAUGAAGCAGCUCACAGAGUGGAUUACACAGCCAAUGACUGAACCUCAACAUCGAACUAUAGGGCAUAAGUCUCUUACAGUUUUAGUGAAUGUCUGCUAUGGAAACUUGCCUGCUAUUUAUGCACUGAUGAGAACUGUUGAUACUAAGGAUUUUGUUGUGCAUCUUAUCAAUUUGAAGGUAUAUUCUUUAGUCUAUUAA